UAAAUUCUAACCCCUCCCCUCCUCUUCUCCAGGAUCCUGCUGGGAUUUUUGAGCUGGUGGAAGUGGUUGGAAAUGGCACCUAUGGACAAGUCUAUAAGGGUCGACAUGUUAAAACUGGUCAGCUGGCGGCCAUCAAAGUUAUGGAUGUCACUGAGGAUGAAGAGGAAGAAAUCAAACUGGAGAUAAAUAUGCUGAAGAAAUAUUCUCAUCAUAGAAAUAUUGCAACAUAUUACGGUGCUUUCAUUAAGAAGAGCCCUCCAGGACAUGAUGACCAGCUCUGGCUUGUUAUGGAGUUCUGCGGGGCUGGGUCCAUUACAGACCUUGUGAAGAACACCAAAGGGAACACACUCAAGGAAGACUGGAUAGCUUACAUCUCCAGAGAAAUCCUGAGGGGACUGGCACAUCUUCAUAUCCAUCACGUGAUUCACCGGGACAUCAAGGGCCAGAAUGUAUUGCUGACUGAGAAUGCAGAGGUGAAACUUGUUGAUUUCGGUGUGAGUGCUCAGCUGGACCGGACAGUUGGGAGGAGAAAUACAUUCAUAGGCACCCCCUACUGGAUGGCUCCUGAGGUCAUUGCCUGUGAUGAGAACCCAGAUGCCACCUAUGAUUACAGAAGUGACCUUUGGUCUUGUGGCAUUACAGCCAUUGAAAUGGCAGAAGGUGCUCCCCCUCUCUGUGACAUGCAUCCAAUGAGAGCACUGUUUCUCAUUCCCAGAAACCCUCCUCCCAGGCUGAAGUCAAAAAAAUGGUCAAAGAAAUUUUUUAGUUUUAUAGAAGGGUGCCUGGUGAAGAAUUACAUGCAGCGGCCCUCCACCGAGCAGCUUUUGAAACAUCCUUUUAUAAGGGAUCAGCCAAAUGAAAGGCAAGUUAGAAUCCAGCUUAAGGACCACAUAGACCGGACCAGAAAGAAGAGAGGAGAGAAAGAUGAAACCGAAUAUGAGUACAGCGGGAGUGAGGAAGAAGAGGAAGAAGUGCCUGAGCAGGAAGGAGAGCCAAGCUCCAUUGUCAACGUGCCUGGUGAGUCGACGCUUCGUCGGGAUUUCUUGAGACUGCAACAGGAGAACAAGGAACGUUCCGAGGCUCUCCGGAGACAGCAGCUACUGCAGGAGCAACAGCUCCGGGAGCAAGAAGAAUAUAAAAGGCAGCUGCUGGCAGAGAGGCAGAAACGGAUUGAGCAGCAGAAAGAACAGAGGCGGAGGCUGGAAGAGCAACAAAGGAGAGAACGUGAAGCUAGAAGGCAGCAAGAACGUGAACAGCGAAGGAGAGAACAAGAAGAGAAGAGGCGUCUGGAGGAACUGGAAAGAAGACGUAAAGAAGAAGAAGAGAGGAGACGGGCAGAGGAAGAAAAGAGGAGAGUUGAAAGAGAACAGGAGUAUAUCAGGCGACAGCUAGAAGAGGAGCAGCGGCACUUGGAAAUCCUUCAGCAGCAGCUGCUCCAGGAGCAGGCCAUGUUACUGGAGUGCCGAUGGCGGGAGAUGGAGGAGCACCGGCAGGCAGAGAGGCUCCAGAGGCAGUUGCAACAAGAACAAGCAUAUCUCCUGUCUCUACAGCAUGACCACAGGAGGCCGCACCCGCAGCAGCAGCAGCCACCGCAGCAGGAAAGGAGCAAGCCAAGCUAUCACGCUCCAGAGCCUAAGCCCCACUAUGAGCCCACUGACAGAACCCGAGAGGUGGAAGAUAGAUUUAGGAAAACUAACCACAGCUCCCCUGAAGCCCAGUCUAAGCAGACAGGCAGAGUAUUGGAGCCACCAGUGCCUUCCAGAUCAGAGUCUUUUUCCAAUGGCAACUCCGAGUCUGUGCAUCCUGCUCUGCAGAGACCAGCUGAGCCACAGGUACAGUGGUCCCACCUGGCAUCUCUCAAGAACAAUGUUUCCCCUGUCUCGCGAUCCCAUUCCUUCAGUGACCCUUCUCCUCCCAAAUUUGCACACCACCAUCUUCGCUCUCAGGACCCAUGUCCACCUUCCCGCAGUGAGGUGCUAAGUCAGAGUUCUGACUCUAAGUCGGAGGUACCUGACCCCACCCAAAAGGCUUGGUCUAGAUCAGACAGUGACGAGGUGCCUCCAAGGGUUCCUGUGAGGACAACAUCUCGUUCCCCUGUUCUGUCGCGUCGGGAUUCCCCACUGCAAGGCAGUGGACAGCAAAAUAGCCAAGCAGGUCAAAGAAACUCCACCAGUAUUGAGCCCAGGCUGCUGUGGGAGAGAGUGGAGAAGCUGGUGCCCAGGCCUGGCAGUGGCAGCUCCUCGGGGUCCAGCAACUCAGGAUCCCAGCCUGGGUCCCACCCUGGGUCUCAGAGCGGCUCUGGGGAGCGCUUCAGAGUGAGAUCGUCAUCCAAAUCUGAAGGCUCUCCAUCUCAGCGCCUCGAAAAUGCAGUGAAAAAAUCUGAAGAUAAAAAGGAAGUUUUUAGACCUCUCAAGCCUGCUGGUGAAGUGGAUUUGACUGCACUGGCCAAAGAACUUCGAGCAGUGGAAGAUGUGCGACCGCCACACAAAGUGACAGACUACUCCUCAUCCAGUGAAGAGUCAGGGACAACAGAUGAAGAAGAUGAUGAUGUAGAACAAGAAGGAGCCGAGGAACCCACCUCUGGACCCGAGGACACCAGAGCAGCGUCAUCUCUGAAUUUGAGCAAUGGUGAAACAGAAUCCGUGAAAACCAUGAUUGUCCAUGAUGAUGUAGAAAGUGAACCAGCCAUGACUCCAUCCAAGGAGGGCACUCUAAUCGUCCGCCAGAGUACAGUUGACCAAAAGCGCGCCAGCCAUCAUGAGAGCAAUGGCUUUGCCGGUCGCAUUCACCUCUUGCCAGAUCUCUUACAGCAAAGCCAUUCCUCCUCCACUUCCUCCACCUCUUCCUCCCCAUCCUCCAGCCAGCCGACACCCACCAUGUCCCCACAGACACCCCAGGACAAGCUCACUACUAAUGAGACUCAGUCCGCUAGUAGCACACUCCAGAAACACAAAUCUUCCUCCUCCUUUACACCUUUUAUAGACCCCAGAUUACUACAGAUUUCUCCAUCUAGUGGGACAACAGUGACUUCUGUGGUGGGAUUUUCCUGUGAUGGAAUGAGACCAGAAGCCAUAAGGCAAGAUCCUACCCGGAAGGGCUCAGUGGUCAAUGUGAAUCCCACCAACACUAGGCCACAGAGUGACACCCCAGAGAUUCGUAAAUAUAAGAAGAGAUUUAACUCCGAGAUUCUGUGUGCUGCCUUAUGGGGAGUGAAUUUGUUAGUGGGUACAGAGAGUGGCCUGAUGCUGCUGGACAGAAGUGGCCAAGGGAAGGUAUAUCCUCUGAUCAACAGAAGACGAUUUCAGCAAAUGGAUGUCCUUGAAGGCUUGAAUGUCUUGGUGACAAUAUCUGGCAAAAAAGAUAAGUUACGUGUCUACUAUUUGUCUUGGUUACGAAAUAAAAUACUUCACAAUGAUCCAGAAGUUGAGAAGAAGCAGGGAUGGACAACCGUGGGGGAUUUGGAAGGAUGUGUACACUAUAAAGUUGUAAAAUAUGAAAGAAUCAAAUUUCUGGUAAUUGCUUUGAAGAGUUCUGUGGAGGUCUAUGCGUGGGCACCCAAGCCAUAUCACAAAUUUAUGGCCUUUAAGUCAUUUGGAGAAUUGGUACAUAAGCCAUUACUGGUGGAUCUCACUGUUGAGGAAGGCCAGAGGUUGAAAGUGAUCUAUGGAUCCUGUGCUGGAUUUCAUGCUGUUGAUGUGGAUUCAGGAUCAGUCUAUGACAUUUAUCUACCAACACACGUAAGAAAGAACCCACACUCUAUGAUCCAGUGUAGCAUCAAACCCCAUGCAAUCAUCAUCCUCCCCAACACAGAUGGCAUGGAGCUUCUGGUGUGCUAUGAAGAUGAAGGGGUUUAUGUGAAUACCUAUGGAAGAAUCACCAAGGAUGUGGUUCUGCAGUGGGGAGAGAUGCCAACAUCUGUAGCAUAUAUUCGAUCGAAUCAGACGAUGGGCUGGGGAGAAAAGGCCAUAGAGAUCCGAUCUGUGGAAACUGGUCACUUGGAUGGUGUGUUUAUGCACAAAAGGGCUCAAAGACUAAAAUUCUUAUGUGAACGCAAUGACAAGGUCUUCUUCGCCUCCGUUCGGUCUGGUGGCAGCAGUCAGGUUUAUUUCAUGACAUUAGGCAGGACUUCCCUUCUGAGCUGGUAGAAGCAUUGUGAUGAGGAUUGCUGGCCCCCAGAGUCUUCAAUGAGAUCCUGAGAACUUGGAAUUCCUUGCAACUGGAGCUCAGAGCUGCACCGGUGUAGUCCAGGACAGCUGUGUAUGCAGACACCACGUGUGGGGUGUUUCGUUUCGUUUCAUUUCCUUUCUGCACCUCUUACCAGUUUAUCCCCCUUCUCUUCUUUCCCCUACUCAAAAAUAAAUCAAGGCUGCAAUGCAGCUGGUGCUGUUCACAUUCUA